GAUCUUAGAGACAGCAUCACACAGCAUCCGAACGUCGAAGCGAGAACAUCUCAGCACGCAUUCUACGCACUCACCACCAGAAAAUAUCCGAACGAAAUUCAUCUAAUGUCGGCCAUCAGCAAGCAGAAGACCCUCAACACCAUGUACAAGUCGAAAGUGUCGCCUUCUCGUCGCCUGAAGAAUCUGCUGAAGCCGCUGCUCGGUCAAUUCUUCAACAUGAAGAAGGAGCAGCCCAAGAGGAGCUCCUACAUCGCCUCCGAGGAGAAGGAGGCCGAGUUCGAGUGGCUCAGCAACGAUAUGGACAACAUGGCCAACGAGCAUUUGGAGCAUCGCCUCAUCGAGGAAAUACGCCAGUGCGCCAAGGAAGAUGCCGUCAUUGUUUACAAUGAGAAUGGAUCCGGUGAGCUGCACACCAUCGACCAGGAGGAUUACUAUGUACCAGUGCAUUUUGCCCGCACCAAUGCCGGCACCUUCUUCUGGACAUCGGUGCAACCCAAGGCCUGCGAACCCUAUGCCAUCGAAUGGAACUUCCUGGACCGUUGGGCUCAAGCUUGAACGAAGUAAUCGCCUGGAGCUGACACUUCAACCUUGAACGAAAAAUGGGUUUUUUCAACUUUCGAUUGGGAUAACUUCAACUGGACUGGAGCUCGGUUCUCCAGCGGGAUGGGUACUCCAGAGUUUGGGCACUUCGACUUUGGGUUCAUCGAUCUUGGGCAGCGCUUUGCGGUAUUUCUAACACACUGGAAAUUCCCAAAAAAGCGAUUGGGCAUCCACAGAAUAUUGUGGCGGGAGAUAUUCCAGCAAUUAUUCCUUUUUGCUGUGCAAAAAUGGAUUUCAAUUGUUUGGAUUUUCAGAAUACAUUUGUAAA